AUGAGCAAAGAAUGGUCUAAUAUUCCAUUCAUUACCCUUUAUGAUGCAAUCGAGGGGAACCAGGCCGAACUUGUAGCCUCUGCUUUGUCCGAGCUUAAGCAGGAUCUGACAAAUCUCCUGCUUUAUCCUCCCAAAUCAGACUCUAGCAGGAAAUCUCUGGAGUCUGGAAAAGUCAAGUUCACCUCGGGCGAUGAGUAUGAACUAAACAAAGAAUUCAUAAUCGCCACUGUUCAAUUGAGCGACGAACUCAACCUGGAUGAGCUAAUAGCAGCGGAGAUAAAUUACAACGUCAGUGUUACAGACGAAGCUCAACUAGUAAACUCUCUCUUCGAUGGUGGAAAAGCUUCAUUCUAUAUGAGGCGUAGAUUCAUAUUGCUGAUCGUCUCAUACUUGACCAAUGUGUCAGAUUUUGGUUCUCAUUUUGUUGCCAAGGAAUUGGUUGAUAAUUUGCUGAAAUCCUACGAGGUAAUCGAAAGAGAACUAGAAUCCAUAAAACAAUUGGUAGCUAGAACCAAGAUCCUAAACGGGAACAUAGUUCCAAGAAUAAUUCAAGACGGUGUUGACUUCAGAAGAAAUUUUUUGUUUAAAGAGCAUCAACUGUUGGGGGAAAUCAUUCAUGGAGUCGCAAAUAAUAAUUUUUCAACCAUCACAACCGAUCACUUCAAAACUUUUGUUUCCCGCAUUUCUGCCAUAGAAGAGAAUGAUGUCUUCUCGCUAUCAUACAUUCCUAUUGUCUUCGACUACUUUAGCCAUUUGAACGAGCUUCCAGAUUCAGUGGUUGAAGAGCUCCAUUCAACUUACUUGAAAGAGUUAGAGAAGGAAAAUGUUAGCGUCACCUUGGCAUUGGUCGUACUAGUUUUCUUGAUAUACUUCGUCAAUUGGUGUAAAGAAAAGGAUUCAGGAACUACAAAAUAUGAGUUUUCGUCAAGUGUUCAAAACCCCCUGUUGAAAUGCAUUGAAAUAGGAGCUCUGGAAAAGUUUAUGGCCAUUACGAUAAUUCUUUCAAGAGUUGAUAACAGCACCACAUUUUUUGAUUUUCAGUCCCUGCUACAGAAUCACAUACCCGAACUUACGGCACAGCGAUUAUCGGAUGACGAAGGUAGCAAGAUAGAAGUGAUUCUAGAGGAUAAUUUCAAGGAGCUUUUAGUCUCAAUUUUGAACACUUUUAUUCAAGAUUUCAUUUCCAACGGAGCAUUUUUAUUAACACAUCUAAGAAACACAGAAGAGGAUAUCCUUUUGGCUAACGAGGACAUAUUGGAAGAUUUAGAUACUUUGGCUGAGAAUGCUGAUCUUGAACGAUUCUAUCUUUCUGUUUACUAUCUUUACUAUGAUCGCCCAAAUAUCUGCACGCAGUUUUGGCUAGACAAAGACUCCAAUGCGUAUGGGUUUUUGAAAUGGGCUUCAGUCUGCAACUCGCCUUUGAUUAGUUCCACUUACUGCCUGAUGUUAUCCGGACUAUCUUCAGGAGAAGCAAACAGCGUUGAGACAUUCAACUUCUUGACUCAACAAAACUCACAGAAUAUUGUCUCCGGCCCUGGACUUAAUUCACGUAUUAGUUGGAAAACAAUUUAUGAGGCACUGAACUAUUAUAACAAGGCAUUACUAGAGAAUGGCUCCAACAGUAUAACUCCUGGAGUGUUUUCUCAAAAUUUUCAAGAAUCAGUGAUCCCAGAAUUAGGAGAAGACUCAGUCAUCUUUAUUGCCGGAUAUUUUCAGUUAAUCUCAUCUAUUGCAAACAAUAGUGAAAUCACCAAGCUAAAAUUAUUUGAAAAUGACUUGCUUAAGAUGCUGUUUGAAUUUUUGGAGUCUGCUACUCAAAUCACCGCUCCUACAUUGCUAGUUCUACGCUCAUUGAUCGGAACAAACAUAGAAAGCAGGCAUACCAUUUGGAGAGCUAUCGAUAAUUGGAUUUUUAAUUUUCCUAUGAAUAGGCAUUACCUUAGCAGUACGAAGAGUUUUGUGGCUAAGGAUGUGUUUUUCUUAUCUCUCAGAACAUUUGACGAAAUUAAUGCUUUUGUUGGCCUAAUUGAAGCAUUGUUAAGACCAGUCCAAACAGAAGACACGACGCUGUUAGAUCUGACUUUUCCAUUUGAUUUGGGGUCAACAACUCGAAAGAAUGGAGUAUGGUCUUACCUGGAAUUCUUUGCUGAGGAAUUACUGGUCAAUUCCAAUAAAGAUCUUCUUGCCCCAAAGAGUCGUAUCGCACUUCAGACCUCGUUAUUAAAAUGUUUUAAGCAUUGUCUAACGUUUUUCGAUAAUCAAGUUAUUAUUAGUGCUCAAGUGUGUGGCCUACAGAAUCUCAACUCCAUCGUCAAAUGCAAGGAUUUUUUUAAGUUCAUAAGCAACGAACCAGGAUCAAUUGUUACGUAUUACUUGUACGAGAAAAAAGUUUAUGAUGUUCUCCUCGAUAUUGCUUCAUUGGGAAUCGAUGAAUUAACGGUUAAAAAUGAGUCUAGCAAAGAGGCAAAAUUACUUUACUUGAGUUUAGAAGUUAUUGAUCUGUUAUUAGAAAAAGAACCAUUAUAUCUUGAUGAAGUUGUUCCAUUGAUGAAGAAAUCAAACAUGGAUCUUGGUACUCGAGGAUUGAGUUCUUUUUAUGAUACAUUUUUGUUCAGGCUACCUGUUUUGAUUCACAUUGGUCUUUAUAUUGGAUCGCAACACUUAUCAAUCGCAAGAAAAUCACUACAAAUCCUUAGUAAGAUAUCACUGUCUCCACAGUUCUCUGCUGGUUCUUCCUUCUCAUCCGUGGUGAAAAAGAAUCGACUACUUUCUACUUUUGAAACUGUGGACGAAUCAAUUAGACUCCGCAAUUCCAUAAUUGAUCAGUUGGAGAACCCAAAUUCUUUGGCAUUAAAGAUUGAAAUUUUAGAAUUUCUGAACAACAACUUGAGCUCUGCAGAGUCUACUGUUUCUCAUUUUUUUAUUGGUUUUGAUACCAGAAAUUCUUUAGGAUUGGGUAAUACCCAGGACCUCGGAACUAUUGCGUCCACAAGAUCGACACUUAAAACCUUAGUAUUAAUACUGGUAGAUACUUUGGAAGUGUUAACAGAAGGCAAGAACAUUCCCUACAAUGCGAUUAGAAUCCUGAAAUUAAUUUUUGAUAUUGUGUUGCGACUGUUAAAAAAUUCCAACACGUCCAGCUUGAUUACAGGUUUCCUGAGAAACGAUCUGCCUUUCAAUUUUUUCAAGAAAAUAUGUAUUUUUGAACCGAAAAUUGACGUCCAAACACAAUGGGAUGGUCUAUUGCUCGAUCCAGCUCUGUCGCUAUCAAACACUUUCAUCUGUGAAAGUUACGGAGCAGGCGCAUUGCUUGCCUUUAUUAGUCAGAGAGCGUUGUUGCUUGAGCUUUUAUCGCUUGAGCUGCACAAUAUAGCGUCCACUGGAUCUAUUUCUGCAAGAAAGAGCUAUGUUGAUCCGCUAAUUGGAUCAAGUGAACUCAAUCAUGGAUUCCCAAGAAUCUUGGAUUUUUUGGAUUUCUUGAACUUGAAUCUUGUCAAUAAACUGGACCCAUUAGAUAGUUAUUAUCGCCGUUUUGACUUUGAUUACAUUCUGAAAACAUUGAAGCUUAAAACGAUUACACUAGAUGGUGAUGAACGCAAGAGCAUUUUUGAAUUAAAUUCGUUGAACCAAAUGGUAGAAUUGGUUCAUUUGGAAGAAGGCGACAAAUCUUCAUCUACGUUCGAAGAACGACGAAACUAUCUGGUUAACUAUUUCUCCAACAGCAUUUUCUACACUAAUUUUAAGGAACAACAAUUCAGGACGCUCCAUGCAUGGGUUACUCUGGUCCAGAUUAUUGUUAAUGAAGGUAAUUUAACACACGCGGAAAGAUCAAACUUUAUCCUGGAAGUAUUUCAAUCCAUUGUGCCCAGAAUCAACGAUUAUAUUGACAUCGAUAUUCAGUACACAGAGGAACUAAUGACAUUGGUGUUACUGUUGGUGGAUUCGUAUGAAAAGGACCGAAAAUCAUUUUUCACUAAUAAUGAGACGAGUGAGACCACAAACUCACUUAUUGAUUCAUCUAGGCUUUAUCCUUUGUUUAAGAUUUCAAUCGACACAAUACUAAGUCCGUUGUCCACCGGAAUGCUUAGAUCCAAAGCCUAUGUGUUGAUUAGCAAAUUCCUCAACUAUUCAGAAAUUAAUAAGGGAGUUUGUACGGAAGCAUUGAUAUCUAUUCGGUCACACGAUGCAAAACUUUUAUCGUUGGUUUGUAAUGACUCUAUCAUGGGCGAAGGUGAACCUCGCAUUACUUCUAUGCUGUUGCUUGAUGCAUUAGUAAAGAUAUCAUCGAGAUUUGAAAAGAAUUCGUUACAAAGCAAUUUUGUGAUGGACCAUAUGAUUAAAACCAACUUUUUUUUGAUGCUGAUUCGAAGCAUCAAACGAACUGACGAAAUAUUUGGUUUGUGCUUUUCCAAGAAAGGACCUACAAAAGUCCCUUUGGAUGUUCUUCUAUACGAGUUAACUGCUUUCAAAACUACGAUAUACUUCUUGAUUCGAGUCGCCAAAACAAAAACAGGAGCACAGCAGCUUGUGAAUGGAGACGUCUUUGGGGUGAUAAAAGGCUGCAAAUUCCUUUCUAUUGAUCCAGACUUGGGUGUGGAGUUGCAAUUGGUGGAAAAUCAUGAUCAGACUGUCAGGCUCCGCCUUUCGCUGGAUUCACCAUUGAACGUUUCGUCAGCUGUAGGAGACAAAAUUUCUUAUUUUGAGUUGCUUGUGCCUGUUUUUCAACUCACUUUGGCUGUUGUCAUAUCUCUAGCAGGUACCAACCAAAAUGCAGUCAACCAAGUUCAAGGAGUUAUGAAGCAUUUCAAAACUUUGGUAGUUGGUGUUCUGAAAAGAGAAGUCCUGAUUGAAAAAGAAGCCUCCCAGGCUCCAAAUCCAGAAAAUUAUCAAGGGUUGAAACAGUUAUCUUUGCUGUUCACCCAAUUAAACAGCAUUUUGUAG